CACGACUAGACUCUUCCCAAACCCCUCCCCCCCCAACAACUCCCCGGACCACUAAACACAACCUCUAGCCAUGGUGGAGAAGGACCAGGUCAGGCCACUAGCCCCAGCCACGGACAGCAUGAGCAGCGACAGCGAUGAGACCAAGCUACUAGUACAAAAAAUCCGGCGUAAGCGGUGCAUCAAAUGUUGCGGGUACAUCACAGCCCUCGUGCUAAUCCUAGCCGUGGUGAUCGUAAUCCUAAUAUUCACCGUUUUCCGCGUGAAGGAUCCUAUCAUAAAAAUGAACGGGGUGACAGUCACGCGGUUGGAGCUAAUCAACAACACGACUAUUCCUAAGCCCGGGGUGAACAUGUCCCUGACAGCCGACGUGUCGGUGAAAAAUCCGAACGUGGCAUCCUUCAAAUAUAGCAACACCACCACAACUUUGUUUUACCACGGGACGGUGGUCGGUGAUGCCCGAGGGCCUCCGGGGCAGGCCAAGGCACAGCGAACCAUGCAAAUGAAUAUCACAGUUGAUAUCAUCACGGACCGGCUAGUGUCCAGUCCAAAUUUGCCAGCGGACGUGAGCUCAGGGCUGUUGACCAUGAGCAGCUAUUCAAGAGUACCAGGGAGGGUGAAAAUUUUGGGUAUAAUUAAGAGACAUGUUGUUGUGAAAAUGAAUUGCACCUUGACGGUUAAUAUUUCGAGCGAGGCUAUUCAAGAACAGAAGUGCAAGCGGAAGGUUAGCCUUUAAGAUAUAUAUAUAUAUAUAUGUGUUAGAUUUAUAGUAAGAUUAAUUAGUGUAUAUUAUGUGUUCUAGUUUUAUAUAUGGAUAGUACUGCUGUUUGUACAUUUUUUUUGCACUUUUUUUUUUUU